CGUUAGAGGGCGUUAUUUAGCAAUUAAUGGGAAAGGAAGGCGUUAUGGCAUAAAGUUAUUUUGAUUGUCACAUUCUUUGGUUAUUUCAAAGAAUUUAUUGGAAUUCAGACUGUUAGGAGCAUUGUUUUAAUACUAAUUGAUGUUUAGCAAAAAGAAGAAAAAGCCAAUUAUAUCAGCACCUACAAAUUUUGAACAUAGAGUCCACACUGGGUUUGAUAGGAGAGAAGGAAAAUUUGUUGGACUACCACCACAAUGGGCAAGUUUGAUUCAAGCACAUCAAAACAGACCAAAGCCUAUUGUUGAUCCAUCUCAGAUUACACCAACUGAAAUAAUGGAUAUUAAAACACAUACAAUUGUUCGAGGAAAUUCUGGUAUAAAACGUGGUCCGAUAUCUGUCACACGAUCAAAUUCACUCAGAAAAGAUAGUCCGCCUCAAAUGAGACGCGACUACUUGAAUCGAUUCCCUCCCGUAGUGCCUGAAGACAGAAGUACACACGGUGGUCACAUGCAGCAUCAUCCUAAUGCGGUAAAUUCAAAUAUAGAAUAUCAGACAAAUAAUCAUCACCAUCCAUAUUCACAAUAUCAACAUGCACAACCUCAGUUACCAAGAGGUUAUCAUCCUACUGUUGAUUAUUGUGGAAAUUACACAAAAGAUUAUAUAGAUGGUACAUCUUCAUAUCAUCCUAACCCACAUAGUUCUACAAGUGAUAUUUGUCAUAAUCCUACAAUGGAGAGGAUGGAUAAUAAAAAUCAUAGAGCAUCAAAUCCCUUGCCUGAUACUGAUUGGGACAGAAAUCAUAGCAAUAUGUCUCUCAGCAAGUCAACCAUACCAUUGUCUCAUAUUCGUCAAAAUAUUCAAAAUGAUCAUUACCAUCAGCAUCAGGGAGUAACAAAUUCAUCACAAAUGUCAUAUGGUGUGAACGGAACUAGAGGAACUUCUAAAAAUCAAGAUUCACAAUCAUCAAGAGGCAUUCCUCCUAAACCUAUACACGACACAUCGUCGAGUAAUGUGCCCAUUGGUCCAAAAAUACAGCAAGCUCAUCCGAUUAAUGUCCAUGGAAAUAAAGGGCAUCUUCAUGGACAUGAAACAACUAAUGAACUAACACAGAGUAUCAAACAACCUGCUGAGCCUAUUCCAGAACAUCACAUACAAACAAACAAAAUGCAGCACGGCACUCAACCAGAACAACAAAGAUUAUCUCACGAACAGUUUAAAGCUGCUUUACAAAUGGUUGUAAGUCCAGGUGAUCCACAAGAAAAUCUUGAAAACUUUAUAAAGAUUGGUGAAGGUUCUACUGGAAUUGUAUGUAUAGCUACAGAAAAGUCAACCGGUCAACACGUUGCUGUUAAGAAAAUGGAUUUGAGGAAACAGCAGCGUCGAGAAUUAUUGUUUAAUGAGGUUGUCAUCAUGAGAGAUUAUCACCAUCCAAAUAUAGUUGAAAUGUAUAACAGCUUUUUAGUUGGAGAUGAAUUAUGGGUCGUCAUGGAAUUUUUGGAAGGUGGAGCAUUAACGGAUAUUGUAACACAUGCUAGAAUGGAUGAAGAUCAAAUUGCUACUGUUUGUAAACAGUGUUUGAAAGCUUUGGCAUUCCUUCAUUCUCAAGGUGUUAUACAUAGAGAUAUAAAGAGUGAUUCUAUCCUUCUAGCAAAUGAUGGAAGAGUAAAAUUAUCAGAUUUUGGUUUUUGUGCUCAAGUUUCUGCUGACUUACCAAAAAGAAAAUCAUUAGUUGGCACACCAUACUGGAUGGCACCUGAGGUCAUAUCUAGAUUACCCUAUGGACAAGAGGUUGAUAUUUGGUCUCUUGGAAUAAUGGUCAUUGAAAUGAUUGAUGGAGAGCCUCCAUUUUUUAAUGAACCACCAUUACAGGCAAUGAGGAGAAUAAGAGAUAUGCCUCCACCCAAACUUAAAAACACUCACAAGAUAUCUCCUCGACUUCAGAGUUUUCUGGAGAAAAUGCUAGUUAGAGAUCCUGGUCAGAGAGCCACAGCCUGCGAGUUGCUUCAACACCCGUUUUUGAGACAGGCGGGUUCUCCCAGUCUUCUGGUACCGCUCAUGCGUAGUUUCCGAACCAGCCCCGACUGAUGACGUGGAAGGAGCCAUUCCUCCGGUGUGUGUGCGUGUGUUUGUGUGUAACACGACCGAUUCGAAAGCCGUCCAAAAACAAUCUAAAUAUUAUAUAUAUAUACACAAAAGUAAUCGACGAGUAUCUUUUUAUAAAUAUUGUGACGUCCUCUUCGUUUGUAUUAUAGUGAUUUAAUCGAUUCGACCGUAACAAAGUAACGAGAAGGGCUUUUAUUCAUCUUUCUCGUAGAUAACUCUAUAUAUUUAUGCAAAUUAUAUAUAUAUAUAUAUAAAUUUUUAACAUUUUUUUAGAGAUUUCGGUGUUUACACUCGAAUUGAUAAUGUGUUAGAUACUGUAUUAUAUGGAGAUGCGCAUUUAUCUGGAAGGUCCACUUUUCUACGCGGCACGCGAUCUUUGUAUGCACUAUUUUCGUACGAAGCUUUUUAAUUAACUGCGCGUGAUACACGGUUCGUGAACUUGUUUUUUAGAUCUGAAAGCAGCUUUUCCGUUGGUAUACAUAUCACUCUGUAGAUAGGACCCUUUCCUGUCCCUGUACAAAGUUCUAUGGCGCGUUGGAUGAGUACGUUUUAACCGGAAUUUGUUCUGUUUUUUUUUUUAAUUAGUAUAAUAAGACGGGGCCGGUUGGACGUAGGAGCGCAGUGUUUUCUUUUUAUAUAUAUAUAUUUUUAAAAAAAUCGUGUAUUUAAGAAAUAUUUUUGUAAUUAUCGCAUUAAAUAUAUAUAUAUAUAUAUACACAUAUAUAUAGUACAUACACACUUCUAGGCGAAGCAAUUUUAUUGUGUAUCAUUUUGUACAAUUUACUCACUUUUCGAAUAAAAUUGUUCGCAGGCAGCGAAAUGCAAUAUAAUGAAUUUAUACACAGGCCGAGGUUAACUUCCGUGUUGCAUCUAGAUUUUUUUUUAUUAUUUUUGUCCAUUGUUUCCGAUCGGGCACCGCCCAAAAAUGUUGGGCUGCGUUAAAAGCGUUUAAGAUAUCAGCCGCCAAUGUAUUACACACAGAGAGGUGUGUGUAGUGUUGGAGUGGGCCUUUUUUGUUGACGUUGGGUGAGUUGCACCCGGGCUCGAACCGGACAACGGCGUAGUUUCUUCUCGUCUUGGUCCGAAAUCGAAACACUCCACGGGCUUUUUGACGUCGCGUGCCGUUGGAAGGAAUCCAAGAUGGCCAGCCUUGGAGACGGGGCGUUGUUUACCCGUAACCUUUAUUAGUUUGGUAAAUCUUUUAAAGAGAUGAUUGUUUCUUCUGUUCGCAAGAAUCAAUGGAACAGGCGCGAAGAUAUUUUCGGUAUUCUCACGCAGAAUUUGUUUACUGCAGUUCCGAAACUUCUGUGAUAUCUCGACUGUUUUAGGAGAAAUUCACGAGAGGGGGAUUAGCACUGUCGAUUAUUCAGUUAUUGUUAUACGAAGCCCGUAUAAAACUCCGCUACGUAUGACGUAAAAUUAAUUCUUUUACGUGGAAACACGUCGGUGGUCUCUCAUCGAUUUCCAUAAAAGCGUAACCGGGUUAUUUAAAUGGAAAAAAACGAAAUGGGUGGUUCCCGUUAGCUCGCGCUCGACAACCGUCCAAUCGGAAGCGAUUUAACGUUUAUCUCCGAAAGGGUGGGCGGUCACGGGCUUUUCUAGAAAUCUCGGAAGUUCCGGAUUGGGACUAGAAUUCCAUUGUGGUCGUGGAUAGCGAGGUCAGGUCACGGCCGGCAUUUUUUAAUCGUGUAGAAACCAUUCCAGAGUCGAACAUUCCAGAAAAUCGUUAGCCGAAUUUCGAGUCGAGAGUAGGCAAAUGGGGGCACCGAUCCGUCGUCCAACCGCGCCACCCGAAAGGGCCGAGUUUAGCGACGCCCGGAACCCGUCAAAACUUUCUUUAAAACAGUAAAUAGACGGACAGAUAGACUAAAGAUGGCGGGGGAAAGAAGAGAGUACUUAAACACUAAAAUUGCGCGGCUGAGAAAGAGGUGGAAGAGGACGAAUUGUCGUAUGUAUCCGAAUAGGUGAUUGGAAGAAUAAAUCUUUAUAACAAUCC